UUGAAGGCCAUUAAUAACCUUCACACUCCUAUCAAAAAUGCGUCAUGGCUCGAUAGCGAUGUCCCUCGCCUAUCGUGUCUUCCGAAGGCCGAUCCUCUCCCACCUCUGCCCUCAUUCCACACCGACCCGUGUCAAUCAACCGUCGAAUAUCCGCCGACUCCAGACGGCACGAUUCUCCCCCUUCGUACCUCCCGAUCCAUCAAAGCUCCCCAAAGCUAAGAAACCCCGGAAAUGGGUGCAACGCUUCGUACGCUUCGGCGUAUACAGCUCCGUCUUCUCCGUCACCCUCUACCUCGUCGACACCAACUUCAAUGACUCCUGCAUCGUACGCAGCUUACGGACAUUCUACACCGGGCUCCUGAUCGGAUUUGACUAUAAGAUAAAUUUUCGGGAAAACCCACCGCUCGCAAAGUCGAUUGUGCAUCUCCACAACCGGAACGCCCACCGCGUGUUCAACCUGCUGCGGGAGAAUGGCGGACUAUACCUGAAGAUCGGCCAGGCGAUCGCGAUGCAGAGCGCGAUUUUGCCGCCGGAGUUCCAGAAAAUGUUUGCCCGCAUGUUCGACGAUGCGCCGCAGAACGAAUGGAAGGACGUGGAGAAGGUGAUCCGGGAGGAGUUCGGGAAAAGCGUGGAGGAGGUGUUUGGGGUGAGCUUCACGGGAGAACCGGGAAAGGGGGUCAUGGAAAAGACAGCGAGAGCCAGUGCAAGUGUUGCGCAGGUGCAUUGGGCUAGAUUACCGGAUGGACGCGAGGUGGCCAUCAAAGUGCAGAAGAAGGAGAUCGCACGACAAACAUCAUGGGAUUUAUGGGCGUUCAAGGUGGUGGCGAGGGCCUAUUCUUACUGGUUCGAUCUGCCAGUGUAUACCCUUGUGCCAUAUAUCAGCGAGCGAUUACAACUGGAGACGGACUUCGUUAACGAGGCGAACAAUUCGGACGAGAUGAAAAAGUACGUCAAUGGCGAACGGAGACUGCGAGGGAAAGUUUACAUCCCAGAGAUCUACCGCGAGUUUAGUUCGAGACGAGUCAUGACAGCGGAAUGGAUUGAAGGGGUACGAUUAUGGGAUAAGGACGCGAUCACCAAGCCGUGGUACGGUGGGCAUGGCAAUGGUUCUCCAGGCGCCGGUGCGACUCCUUUGAAUCCACCUAAGCCGACCUCGAGAAGAUCCAGAUCAAGUCAAGAGAUCUCAUCCGGCGCCUUCAUAAAACCCGAGCGCGACGAAUGGAGAGGACGCACAGGCAAAGGAGGCCUUGGCGUUAGUCUCGACUCGGUCAUGACCAUCAUGAUUGACCUCUUCAGCGCGCAGAUGUUCCUCUGGGGCCUCCUGCACUGCGACCCUCAUCCGGGUAACAUUUUCAUUCGACGACUCCCAUCCGGGAAACCCGAGCUAGUGCUGAUUGACCACGGUCUCUACAUCCACAUGAAGCCAAAGUUUCGACACCAGUACUCGCGGUUCUGGAAAGCAUUGAUCCAGUUCGACAACGAGACGCUGAAGGAGGUUGUGACUGCGUGGGGGGUGGGGAAUCCGGAUAUAUUUGCGAGCGCGACCUUGAUGCGUCCAUACACGGGUGGCAACCAAUCGACGAUGCGGUCCCUCCGCGAGGAUGCGGCCGACGGCAAGACGGAGCAGCAGCGGGCGUACGAGAUGCAGAUGAAGAUGCGGCAUAAUGUCAAAGAUAUAUUGGGCAACGAGGAUCAGUGGCCGAAGGAGCUGAUCUUCAUCGGGCGGAACCUUCGGAUCGUCCAGGGGAAUAAUCAGUACCUGGGCAGCCCGGUCAACCGCAUCAAGAUCACCGGCCUGUGGGCCAGUCGCGCCCUGGCUGAUGACCCGCACCUGAAGCUGUCCGAGCGGGUUCGGAAUCUAGGGAGCCACAUGGUGUUCAGAUUGGUCUUGUUGGGGAGCGAUAUGGUUUGGUGGUGGUCGAGGAUCAAGCAGUUGAUGGGGAGAGGCAAGGGGAUGGAGGAUGACAUGGAGGCGCAGAUGCAGAAAAUGGCGAGGCACCUUGGAGUGGAGCUGCAGCACGAUGUUUUUGAGGGAUAGAGUGGCGUGGGACGCACUGUUUGCAUUGGCACGAGGGGAUGGCAUUUCAGCGUUAGUUGCAGAGUGGUCUUGACGGAAUAGACUUCACUAUAGAGGAGGAUCUAUUGUUCGAUUAUGAAUCCACCCUCCCUUCAUAUAAGGAAUAGAGUUGUAUAGUAGUAUCCCAACUUAGAUUUACGGAGAAAAUCAGACUACAUCCCUUACCUGAAA